CAGGGGUCAGGCUCUGCUGCAGGUGGGGGUAGGGGGUCCCUGUCUCGGCCUCCCAGCCCAGGCUGGGUCUCUUUGCCCAGGUUGGGCGGGGCCGAUGGCCGUUGGAAGCCCCGUCUCCAUGGAGACCCGAGGCCGCCGGACCGCCUGUCAGGGGCUGCCCUGGAGCCUGGCACCUUACCCUCGCACCCUGUCUGCCCCUCGGGGGCCAUGCUGUCCACGCUGACCCUGACUCGAGACAUCGGGAUGCCUGUCCACGCCUCCACUCCUGGGCCACUUCCCCGUGGGGCUGGGCUGUGAAAGGGCUGCUUCCCCCACCUCCCUUUGCUGAGGACCGGGACUCGGAGGCUCAGAAGAGUGAAGUGACCUGCUCAAGGCCUGUGAUAUUCCUGGGCCAAGACUCCUGAGCCUCCCCCUGCAGGAAGUCCGCUCCCAUGUACCAGUACCUGGAUAGGAAACUGUUCACGGAAGCCUACCAGAUUGCUUGCUUGGGUGUCACAGACACUGAUUGGCGUGAACUGGCCAUGGAAGCGCUAGAAGGUUUAGAUUUUGAAACAGCAAAGAAGGCUUUCAUCAGAGUACAAGACCUCAUCAGCAGCAUUGAGGAGAGGAAGAAGCGGGGAGAGACCAACAAUGACCUGUUUCUGGCAGAUGUGUUUUCCUACCAGGGGAAGCUCCAUGAGGCCGCCAAACUGUACAAGAGGAGUGGGCACGAGAACCUCGCGCAUGAAAUGUGUUGGAAGAAAAGCUGAGUGUUGGGAGAGAAGCUGAGGCAGGGCUUGCAUGUUUGCUAGACUUGCUGCUCCUUGCUUCUAGCAUUCCCAUGAUCUCAAGUAGCCAUAUGUUUCUCAUUCACUUGAUACACCGUUUCCUUUCAACCCACAUCCUCACCACCUGUUUGUUGCAGCCUCCACACUUGUGAUGGCCCCCUGGUCCCAUUUUCUCUCUCAAACUGUCUUUCUCAUUCCUUGGACUCCACUGGACUUCGUCGCCCCUGCUGUUGGGUCUGAUCACCCCAAAAGAAAUGAGGUUUGAGUAUGCCAAGGUAACCCACCCUGUCCCAGGCCCAUGCUCUGGCUUGGAGCCCACUGGUGAUCUCACCCACGGUGUCCAGAUUGUUUUCCCUAAGACUGGUGCACACAAAAACUAGCAAUGGCCUCAGAAAGGAUGUGGGGAAACUGGUAAACAAAGGACCCAUCUACGGCCACUGGUUGAAACUCACCUAAAACCGACCUUUAAGGCUGACACCAAAGGGGCAGACUAUGGCAUUUCAGACCUUCAUCAGUGACAAGGCUGGAUGGCUGUGGGUCUACACCAGCACAAUCCCUUCAUUGAGUUGAGGGCUCAGGGCUUCAGGGCUGUCUCCCACAAAUCCUCUCAAUCCUUGUCAGGAGCCGCCAAG